AUGACUCCAGUCAAAAAAAGGGCCACUAACUACUCCUUUAAAGAAGAGAAAACUUUGCAUGCUCUAGUUAAAAAAAAAAAUGCUUCAACUAUUGAGUGCAAAAAAACAGAUGUGAACUCAAAUCAACUAAAAGCAGCCUCCUAUGAAAAAUUAGAGAUAGAAUUUAACAGCGUUUGUGGUGAAUGUUAUCGAUUACCCAAAACUCUUCUUAGUAGGUACGAAAACAUAAAAAAAACGAAAAAGACGUGUUAG